GAAAGUGGCGCGGCGGCAUGAUGGAAACUUGGAAGUUUUGAUGAAGAAAGAAGAAGUAACUUAACGCUCUCCGCAAUGUUUUCUGCGGGUCAAAGUUGUUGGUUUGUUCGCAAGGUGAUUUGUUGGAGAGCUGCAGCCAGCAUAGCCUGGACCGUAUUGCUGUUGCCGCCCACCACAGCAGUUUUUGUCAUCCUCAGCAGAUUCAGUCCUCUCCACCCCAUCCAGACACUAUCAGAAUGUGUGUCCUUCAUGGGAACCGCCAGCGGCAUUUUCUCCUUCAUCCUGCUUUGCGGUGUCACCACCAUGGUGGGCUUCUUGAUCUUUGAGUAUUAUACAGUCAUCCCCACCGUCGCCUGCUCCAAAAUCGCCUUGUUGGGUCAGCUGCUGCACCCGCGUCAUGUGGCCAACUCCCUGCUCCACUGCGUAAUGGGCAUCAUCGUAGCCUGGUGUGCCGCCGUCACCAUCGGGGGGCGCUACGAGGUUCUGGGCUACCCGUGCGGCCUCAGCGACGGUCCCCCUCAGGUGUGUCUGAACGAAUACCACCUCAUCCUGCUGCUGGCGGGCGCUUUUGUGGGCUUCUCCCACACUCUGUUUGGCGUCGUCCACAACAUGAACUAUGUGUCGUUCCACACGGUUCAGCAAUACAAGUACCUUCGUUUUAAGGGAUCCUUGCCGCUGGUGGUAAAGUGCAGCGCCACCCAAGCGCUUUACUCCAUCAGGAACUACAUUGUCGCCUAUUUCUUUUUGGGAUACAUCCCGAGAGAGUGGAUCUGUAAAAUGUUUAACCUUCACGUGACCAGUUCUUCCCACCUACUGGACACCAUCGGUGGACUACUGGACUUGUCCCUGCUCUACCACCUGUGGAUCAGCGCCACCUUCCUCCUCUUCACCUGGUACAUCGCCCUGCUCCUCUUCAGGAUUUUUAUCACUGAGGACUACAGUUUCCCAGUGCAGUCAUCUUUCACAGAGGACGUGCGCCAGUGUCUUCCCAGAGUUCUGUCUGACCCACAGCCGGCCAUAUUAAAAUUCCUCGCCCUACAGGACUUGGCGCUGCUCUCUCAGCAUUCACCAUUACGACGCGGCGAGGUGUUCAGUCUGAGUCAGCCAGGUGGACAUCCACACAACUGGAACGCCAUCAGCAAGGAGUGUCAGUCGCUUCUGACCGACCUGACCCAGCGACUCGUGGCGUACCACGACAGCGUGGCCACCAACGGCAGGGCCAAGUCGCUUUCGUCGGGAAGCGAACUGAAGACCUCGUCCGGCUCGUCGUCGGUUUCUUCUGGUGUGGAGGAUCUGAUAAGUCCAAGGCCCACCAGCUUCCUGGUCAAGACGCCAGGGUCGGUCUUUGCCCGGACUGCGCCGAGCCCCCUGACUGCUCCUUUCACCCCGCCAAUCCUGGACAGCCCUUUCGCCUCGCCCGGUCUGCGGCGUCUCACUGCGCCCGUGGACCAGGGCUCGCCGUGGCACGGUGCCGUGCAAAGCCCCCACGUCAUGAGGAGGGCCCCCAGGCUGUGGUCCACCUCCACAGAUUCCCAGUCCAACAGCAGCCCGCAGCUCUGUGCAGCCCCAGCGCCCACUCCCAAGCAAGAAGCCCCCCAACCCAGUCUUUUGGCCCAGUUCCUCCAUAACAGGAAAGAACAGAUUAAGAUCUUCCUGUCCAAGCGUGUGCUGGUAGCAUAUUUGUUCAACAAGCUUCCAGAAGCCUCCAGUGAAGCGCUCUUUGCCGACAGCCAGGCCCACAUUUGGGCGUUGGAAGGACUGUCCUACCUGGUGCAAGCCUCCUUCUCAGAGGACCACUUUGGCGUGGUGCAGACGACGUUACCCAGCAUCCUUAGCUGUAUGCUGCUCCUGCAAGAGGCAGUGGACCGACACUUUAAGCUGCCUCACGCCUCCACUAAGCCCGUGAGGACGGCAGGCGGCAUGGGCGAGCUGGCCUACAAGACGCUGCGCUUCGCUCUCAGGGCCGCGCUCAAGACAGCCAUAUACCGAAUCACCACCACCUUCGGAGAUCACCUGAAUGCCAUUGACAUGUCCGCAGAGCACCGCAAGAGGUUGCAGCACUUCCUGCACUACAAGGAGUAACUUUUUAAUAUUCAUCUAUCUCCAUCAUGCUGUCAAGGAGCACACGUUGGAUGCUUUUAUUUGUACGAGAGAGCAGGGAAUAGUAAGCUCACAGGUCAGACACCUGAUUGUACAUACUAGCUUAGUUGUUUUUGAUUUGUUAAAUAA